AUGAAGGGUGACUGGAAGGCAGCGGAGAAAUUGGAUCAGAAACAUAAAGGAAUCUUGUUGAGUAUAAUAAACGAGGAUAGAAAAGAAAGUGCCCUCCACAUUGCCACAAGAUUCAACAACACUGCUUUUGUGAAGAACCUGAUAGACUCCCAACUCAACGACCUCACCGAAGAUCACUUGGAAGCCGAAAAUAGAUAUGGAAACACACCCCUUCGCAUUGCUGCUAUAUCAGGGGCUGAAGAUAUUGCAAAGUUGGUGGUGGACAGGCAUAAGGAAUUAGUCCACAAGCGUGUCACAGGAAAAGCAUCUAAUUAUACUUGGAGCCAAGAAAACACACCUAUUUUGAUUGCUGCAAGAUAUAAACAAUUCCACAUGGUUACUCAUUUCCUUCGUGCCAUGGAUUCCCCCGACAAAAAUACUGAAAUCCUAAAGAAGCUUCUUUUUAGUUUCAUCGACUCCAAUGAUUACGGUUGCAAGCAUAUAUACAGGAACGAAAUAAUGCAAACAAAAGCCCAUCAUAUGGUUGAAAAAUUGUGGAAGGUUGUUAAAGACAAGAUUAAAGAUCAGAACAGCGAGAACGACCGUUGGAUUUUACAUCCCACAAGUAUGUUACAUGAUGCUGCAAGUGUUGGAAAUGUUGAAUUUUUGAGAGUUAUACUCAAGGAAAAACCCGACCUUCUACGGAAGCUCGAUAAAGAUCAGAAGACCAUUUUUCAUGUAGCUGUCGAGAUGAGACAACGUAACGUAUUCAAUUUAAUUUAUGAUAUGGAUUUGUUUAACCCAGAUGACUUAUCGUACUAUUUCAAUGAGGAAAAUAAAAGCUUGCUCGAUUUAACUACCAAGCCAAUUCCGAGUCAUCUUGAUCAGGUUUCAGGAGCAGUGUUUCAAAUGCAUCAAGAGUAUCUAUGGUUUAAGGAAGUGGAAUACAUUGAGCGCAUAACAAUCAGAAAAAACAGGAGGAAAAUGGAAAAUACACAAGAAUCAUUCAUAAAAGGACACACACAACUUAUGAAAGAAGGAGAAGAAUGGGUGAAGAGUACAGCAAAUUCAUGCAUGGUGGUUGCAACUUUGAUAGCCACUGUAGUUUUCACUGCAGCCUUCACAGUACCAGGUGGCAACAACGGCAACAAUGGGGUUCCCUUAUUCAAUAGCUUUGAUCUCAUCUUCAACUGCAAUUCUACUGUUCAUGUCGAUGCUGACUUCUCGAAGGGCCAAAAGAGAUUUUCUGUUUUGGUUGCCAUUGCAGUUGGUGCUUGGUCUUGGAUUUCUCUUCCUUUCUGUGCUGGGAAUGGUGUUGGCUUUCGGUGCUUGCUUGUUCUUGCACUUUGA